CGGAUGCUUCACAUUUAUACAUCCGGUGAAAUAUCUGUCUCAUUGUUCUAUCUGCAGCUUAGCGAUUUCGACGCAUACAUCGGUGCUCCGGUAUCAAACGUAACAUCGCUACGUAUUACUUCUGCACUAGCUAGUCGUGUAAUCGUGUGUGCGAGACUGGUGUUUUGGUGUUCGUAUCUUCUAAUUUCGACAGAAACGUGCAAUUGGGUGAAGAGAAUGUCAAGGCCACGGUCACGAUCGCCCCACUAUUCUCACAGAGGCAGUCCACAGAGGCAGGAUGCCCGGAGGUUCCCCUGGGACGACCCAGACUUCGACCCCCAGCAGGUUCUGGCUGACCUGGGCAGGCUGCCCUGGGAAGAGAACCGCAACCCUGGGGAGUCUCACGAGGACCAGUGGGUCCGCUUCAUGGACGAGAUCCACCCAGAUGGCCACAGAAGACAUAUGCCUAGAGGGAGCCUUCGGCCAAAGGGCCACAGAAGACCUAUUUCCCCAGGUCUCCACAGGCCUGACCAACUCCUCCCCCCAGAGGACUUCCACCAUCGCAGGACCCCACCGCCCCCCCACGAGCUGGGCUACGCCGAGUGCAGGAGGCUCUCCCCCCAUGAUGGAGGUGGCGGCAGAGGAAGAGUGAAAGAAGAAUUCCAAAGAUGUGAAGUAAAGCUGCCCCCCUCCCCACAGAGGCUACCCAGAGAGAGGCUGCCAUCACUGGUCCCGCAGCACACUCACUACAGUCUUAGCCACCACCAGAGAGCGCCCUCUGCAGGUUGGAGGAGAGAAGAGAGGGACCAGAGCCAGGGGAGAUCCAGGGACCGCAGCCCCAGGGAGAGGGUUCAGGGCGGGGGGAAGUGGGAGAGGAGGGGUGAGGGUGGAGAUUCUCCCGGUUCCUAUAGAGACAGGAAGAGAGACCACAUGCAAAGAGAGUGGAGCACCAUCUCUGACCGGAACCGGAGGGAAACUGUUGAACCGGUGAAUCCUGGGUACGGGAGGGAGACAGAGUUUAGGGAGCGCCGCCCCUCGUUGGAGAGGCCCCGGGAAGGGUACGGAGGAAGGGGGCCACUGGGGCGUAGUGGCCCCCUAGGGGGCCACGAUGGCCGAGGGCCUAGAACCCUCAUCGUGGAGCAUGAACAUGGUAUUAUGAACAGCGGAGAGCCAGAACCGUACUACAACCACAGGGGCCGCUGCCCCGACCGCAACCGGAGCCACAGCCACGACCGAUUCAGUCAUCACAACCGGGUCGGAGCCUCUGAGGAGCGGUUCAGGAAGUCAGGCAGCAGGUCCAAUACUAGAGAGGAGACCAGGGGCCGGCCUGCACAUGAGGAGAGGGGCCCUGUCCAUGAGGAGAGGAGGGGGCCUAUACAUGAGUCCAAAAGGGGCCCUGUCCAUGAAGAUAGGAAGGGGCCUAUACACGAGUCCAAAAAAAGCCCUAACCGUCAGGGGAGAGCCAGGCCUUUAGGCUUCCAGGAUAGAGGUAGUCCCACGGAUCCCAAGGCCAGAAACGGUGCAUUCUGUGGGGCGAGGGAGGCCCCAGCCCGGGGUGGCAAGAGACAGGUGGGGCCCUCCAGGAACCAACCCCAGCCUCUCCUCCAGGGACAGCAGGGGUACCAACCCCGGGAUGCCAACUCCCAGCACACCCCUCUGGAGCACCAGAGGUACCAACCCAGGGGAGAUGACUGGGACAUGGAGCCCAGAGAGGAGGAGCCCGACUGGGCAGAAGAGAGCGACAUGGAGCCCCGCUGGGAGCAGGACCGGGGACCAGGGCCGCGAGGAGGCCGGCCACCGGCACGGGCCAGGUUGGGACCCAGGAAACCUCAGCUUAGAGACCUCAACCCCAACUGGAACCAGCAGCAGAACGACAUGGCAAUGCCUCGCAUAGGCACCGGCAAGGAGGAGACACUCACCAUCAAAGUGGACAUGAAGCGCACCAUGGGCCAGAACAGCCAACUGUGCUACUCUUCAGACCGCCAGCUGUCGUUGGAUCUGGUCAACGUGGGCCGCCAGCGCCUCGACUUCCUACCCAUGCUAGAGCAUUCUGGAACGUACCGCGAGUCCACAAUGCACUCUGGGACUUUUGCCCAGGAGAUCAUCACCCUGGUGCACCAGGUCAAAGAGCAUUACUUUAGGGGUGAUAGUGUAAUGCUGACCGAGCGUUUCUGUGGCGCCCAAGAUGGAGGUCUGCCUGAGGAGGAGCAGGAGGAAGAGAGGCCUACUCUGAACAGGCGGUUCAACAUGAGUAUGUCAGAGCCAGACAUGGAACCUCUCUUCUCCAAAGUUGGCCGCAUGCAGAAGCAGCAGCAGGCGGUGAGUGACCCAGGAGACCUGAGACAUGACCUGGAGAGGAGGAGACAGGAGAGGCUGGAGGGGGUGAAGGUCACCAUCCCUGGAGGCAGGCUCUCACAGCGCCCCCUGGUUGCUGGGAGUGACCAUCAUGAGGAGUAUGGUAGUGAGGAAGAGGAGGUUCAGGAGGAAGAGGAGGGCUUCUCUUCAGGCUGGCCAGGCCUACCACAGAGAGGAGGGAGGUGGCCUGGAGAGAUGGCUUCUAACUUCUCUCGCUCUCACUCUCGGGUUCAGAGGAGAGGAGGCAUAGUUAGACAAAACAUGGGUGGCCAGCGGAGGAACAACCGGUCUCCUAAUCUCCCCGGCAACCAUCCGGGACCAAUGAGACAACAGAACCGCGAUAUUAACGGUGCCAACUGGUGAAUGGACUCUUGGAUGGAGCAAGGGGUUAUGUGAGGUUAGCUGUUAAGCUCAGAGGAGUGACCAGGCCAACUGUAUAUACAAAA